AUGAAAGAAGAAGUUUCAAGAGAUCAUCAUAAUAUCACUUCACUUAUUUAUCCGGAGAGCAACCUCCGAUUUAACAGUACCAAUGAUGAUGACAGACUUAACAAAGACGUCAAAUUUGGUGUGCUUCGAAUGUUCUGGGGAGAAAUGGAAUUACCGUUUACGGAAGAAAUCGAGCUACGAGCCGUCAAAAGAUCUGUGGAGAUGAAGACAUUUCUGAGUUGGGAGUUUCUAUUAGGUCCAUCGGAUGAUCAGAAAGUUUUAGUCUCGGUUCCAGCUCAUUUAUUUUGGAGAAUGCUGAGAACUAAAAAAGAAGAACUCAAAUUAUAUCCAGCAACCUUCAUGUUUCAAUUGGCACAGGAAGGAAUCGAACAUAUGAAGACUUCGAUUCCAGAUGUCUAUGAAUCAGUGAAAAAGUACCAUGAGGAAAGAACCAAACCUCUUCCAGAACUCAUUUUUGUCGUAUUGGAUCCAGCGAAUAUUCAAUUUUUCGAAUUAGGUCUUCUUUUGUACAGGGGACCCUACGGAGUUCUGAUCAAUCAAUUCCAAAAAGUGUUCGAUAAACACUGGGCAGAUCACAACAAAUGGUGCAUGACUCGCUAUCCAGAUCCAAGGGUUGUCUACGGUCCAAUUGAAGAAGUAUCGGGAGAAUACUUCUCUCAUUUAACAAAACGAUUUGGACUCCGGAAUUAUGAUACAAAGGAAACAGCUGAUGGGAUAAGAUAUACUGUUCGAACUUAUUUACCGAGAAAAGAAGUGAAGAAGAAGUAUAAGAAAAGUUCGCAUAUGAAGAAAGGGAUCAAUCAGCCAGAGGAUGGAAAUGUUGAGGUGAAUGAAGCCGACGGAGAGCAUGACCAGCAAGAGAAUCUAGGAAAUCGCCAAAUGUCAUUCGACAAAAAGAUUAUUUACCCAGAGAAUCUGAACGAUUUCUUCCAAGAAAUGAAACAGAAAAAGGAAAUUCAGAAAAGCAAGAAUCGGUUACUGAUGGAACUUGAAGAUCGAGUUGUAAAGCCGAAAAUUGUGAAGGAAAAGAGAGAGGAGUUGGAAAUGAAAAAUGAGCCCAAGGAAAAACCGAUGGACGAACCGGAAGAGGAUCUAGUAGAAGGGGACAUUUCUGAAGAAGUCGAACUUGAUGUUGAAAUGGAAGAAAAGGGAGAAGAAGAGGAUGAAGACAUUGAAGAGGAAAAUGGUUCAGUCGAAACGGAUGCCCCAACAACGUCGACUAGUUCAAGAAGCCGUCAAACAAGAAAAAGAGCUCCCGAUUCAGCUGCUCCAUCGGCUACAGUGGUGUCGGACAGUCGACCAAGACGUCAGAGAAAUGAGCCAACUGAACUCUACAAAGCAUCUCCAAUCAGAACCUACAAACGUCGUUAA